AUGGUCCAAAUAUUUCUUACUGUUCUCUUCCUAUGCUGCUCGAGGUUCUUCUACAGCAUAUUUGCGAUCCCCGCAAACCUCAAACACCUACCUCUCGUUAGCACUUGGGCCCUUUUCAAGAGUUAUCUCGCUGCUGAAUCCGAUGAUGUCAGAAUCAAGCGGCUCUUGCUUCCGUUCGCGGAUCGAGGAGAGUCAGUUGUUCUUGUUUGGGCGCUUGGAAUAUGGACUGUGCACAUAUUGGAUGAAGGGGUAUGUAAUCUGACCCUGUACCUCGCUUACUGAAAAACAAAGUCCGCCUUUUCAAUUUUGAAGAAUGUCGAAGCUUUUCCUAAACAAGUGCCCUCAAAAGAUUCCCUUGUCUGGCGUCUGCUUGGUCCAACAAGCAUCGCUUUGGCCAAUGGAGAUACAUGGCAAAGGAAUUCCCUCAUCAUACGAGAGGGCAUCAAUUCUGUAGUCCCAAUUCCCUCACUCGUAAAACUUUCCCAGGGGUUUAUAGAGAUCAUUGGUGCCAAUUUAGGGUUGGCUGUCAAUAUCAGCGAUCUUGCAUAUCGAUAUUCGUUCGACGCGCUCAGCUCCACGGUCAUUGGCCACGACUUUGGUGCCAUGCACACAGAUUCCGAAUUUGUUUCCGAAUUCGGCUCUAUAUCAAAAGAAUUAGCGAGCGAGCCCCUUGUACCUAUUCUUCUCGAGACUCGAACGGAUUGUUCCACGAAAGUCUCUCGCGAAACGUAUUGAUCUCCUCGGGGAUGAUGCUCUAAGACUCCUGUCAUCAAAGCGGACCAACCGUGGCAAUGAUGUGACGUCUGCGAUAUUGGAUCACCCAGACAUGACAGAUCAGGAGCGAAGGGACAAUAUAGUCAGUAUCUUCUUGGGAUCACAAGUAAGUAAUCCUCAACGACAACCUGUGCAAAGUCUAACUGCUGGUCGGGAGACAACUGUGGGCGCUAUCGCCUCCGCCAUUUACUACCUUGCACAGUACCCCGAGACUCAAGCAAAAGCACGUGCAGAAGUUCUGGAAGUUUUGGGCCCAUCAGACCCUCCUUCUUCUUUACAUAUAACCAAGCUUGAAUACGUUGACGCAUGUGUUCGAGAGACCCUGAGGUGUAACCCGCCUGGGGCGUACCUUAUUGGUCGGAUAAAUACAAAGCACUCUCAAUUUGGAAAUUACAACAUUCCUCCAGAAACGAUCCUGAUGGUCAAUCUAUACACGAUUCUUCAUUGCAAAAAGACGUUUCCCGAUCCGCACAAGUUCGCCCGUGAGAGAUUUCUGAGGGACGAUCGUAUCGUGAAAUCUUGGAUCCCGUUUGGUCGUGGAUUGAGGCGAUGCCCUGGGAAUACCUUCGCUAUUCUGGAACAGACGGUCCUCAUCUGUAUGCUUUUGAGGGAGUAUUCGUGGUAUUCACCUACGAACUCACAACAUAAGGAUGGCUUGAAGAACGCCCUUUCAUCAUUUUCGACAACUGUUCCACAGUCACUGGAAAUACUCUUUGCCAGGUUCAAUGGCGAAGGCCUCUCAGCCGACAACAAGGACGAAAGUUUCAGGCUUCAAGAAAUAACAUCAAAAAAAAAACUUGAAGGGGUUAGCUGCCGCCUCGGAGGGAAUAGCCGAUUGUCACUACUUGCUUGUCAAACAGCCAAAGAGGCACAUUGGGUCAGAAGACGGACUUGCAUUUGUAAAAUGCGAAAAACUUCGCCUCGCAAAUCUCCUUAGAGGAACCGCCAACAAAUCAUGUUGGAUCGAAGGUUGGGCCUUGUUGGGAAAGCGCUUUCCCAGUUCUGGUUUGCAUCCACUUUUACUUAGCGACGUUGAAGCUUGCGCAGAGACUUAUCGACGAGUAAACCAAGGUCUCCGCUCAUUCGAAUACUUAGAUCUCUCAAUGACUGUCGUUGGGAAAUCCGAUGUGACAUCUCUCACAAGUAUUGGGCCCAAGGGAAUGGGUGGCGAUGCGUGGCGGUCGAACAAGGACUAUGAGAGAAUCCAACCGAUAUGGAGCUGCCCAGGCUUCGCUCCCUUGUCGCCUUGUGUAGUGUUUACUUGGAUUGCGUUGCUGAAAAAGAUUGUUCCUGUUGACGAAAUAGCUGACUGUAUUGCAUAUCAGUUGCUGAGUACCGUAGACUAUGACCUCGAUCAUCGCGAGGAGGACAAGAACGGGUUUCUGGCCGGGCUGACGAUCGCUGCUCGUCGAAUUAAAUCAGGGACUGAAGAAACCGCUCGAGGAGCCGCAUUGACGGGAUUGAUUAGCAUGGACCUACAAACAGCCAUAAGAGACACACAGCAGGAUUGGGUAAGGCACAAAGGACAGCCGAUGAAUCUAGGCCUGUCAGACAUUGAACCAAGAGUCUGGGUGGCAGCAAAUGUCGGUGACUGCUCUGGGCUGGCUCCAUUUGCAUAUCAGAGCGCCUCUGACUAUGCCCGAAGUCGGAUUGGAAUGUUCGCUGCCAUGGUCAUAGAAAUUCCUACGAUCUAA